AUGUCUACCGACGCCUCUCAGCCGGCACCGACAGCUGAACCCACAAACGAGCCCCUCUGGAUGCUGCUGCGUCCACCGCGGCCCCGCGGCGUCUGUGACCCGCACAGGCUCGAUGUCCAAGAUGCGCUCGCACAGGGAAACAUCCCCACUCUCCCUCAGACCAAGCUGUGUCCCCUGUGCCCUGCCAAGUUUACUCGUACCACCCAUCUCAAUCGUCACAUGAAGACGCAUUCGAAUGAGCCGCUGCCACGCCCAGUUCACGCGGAGCGACCUCUUGACGAGGCACAAACGGACGUGUUGCGAGUCAUCUGUCAAUCGGUCCCGCAGGAAGUCAUGCAAGAGCUGCGCGGAGUCCAAAACCGCCGAGGGAACAAGGCCCCGGCAGACGCCGAAGGCGCCUCUUCCGGAAGCUCCUCCUCGCAGGACUCGCCAGAAGCUUCUGGUUCGGGCCAGGGCGCGGCCAGCACCAAAACCUCGCCGAUCGCAGACUUCGCGAUGCCUGCCACACUGCUCGACAAUUUCGCGGCGUCGAUGACCGGCUUUGGCACUCUUGACGCCUCUCGCUGCCGGCGUCCGCUUCCCAAACAGCCGCGUCUUCAUCCGGCGCUCUCGCGCUUCGCGGGUUCGAGCAACACUGCGCUGGCCACGACUGACGGAACCAGCGAGGACGAGCGCGCCUACAGCGACGUUUUCUCCUCCACCCAGAUCUUCGAGAAGCAUCCCUCCAUCCCCGGACAGCACUUCAUGCAGGAUCCUACGAUGUUGCUCACCGACCGCAUGGAUGGUCCGACACAGCUCGGUAUAUACUCGCUGCCUGCAACAAUGGGGGCCACCCCAGAUCCGAUGGAACACAUUCCCGAAACUGAAAUCAUGGAGUCGACUUCUACUGGUGACCACGGUCUUACUAUGGGGUGGCAUGCCCUCGAUCUCGGAGUAUUAUAG